AUGUCCCCCUCGGCAAAUUUGCUCACUGGAAAAGGCUACGAUUUUGGCACCCAAGGUGCUCACAAUAUUGCAAAAGGUGGAACCCAUCCCCACUUAAUACCCCAAUACAAUGACCAAUUCCAGGAGAGGAAAUGGCGAUUGGAGCACGCAGCUGGUGCGUUCCGUGUGUUUGCUAGGUUGGGAUAUAGUGAAGGAGAAGCAGGACAUAUUUCCAUUCGAGACCCAGUGGACCCUUCGACUUUCUUUAUCAACCCAUUGGGGUUGCAUUUUGCAAUGAUCGAAGCUAAAGAUAUGGUACAUGUCGACGAAAAAGGCACCAUUCUACCAGAUGGAAAUCAGGCGCCAAUAAAUGCCGCUGGGUUUGCUAUACAUCUGGCUCUUCAGAAGGCCAGACCAGACAUCAAUGCUGCCUGUCAUACCCAUUCUGUGUAUGGAAAAGCGUACUCUACGUUUGGAAGGCCGUUGGAAAUGAUCAACCAGGACGCCUGUAUCUUUUACAACAACCAGGCCGUGUUCAAGAACUUUGGCGGAGUGGCUAUUGAAGGUGAUGAAGGACGAGAAAUUGCCGAGGCUGCUGCUGGAGCCAGGACGGUAAUUUUGCAAAAUCAUGGACUUCUCACCAUGGGUUCUACAGUCGAUGAGGCUGCUUAUUUGUUCACAUUGAUGGAGAAAAGUUGCCAAGUACAAUUGUUGGCAAAUGCAAAUGUUAAAGAAGAGAAGAUUAUCAUUCCAGAUGAUGUUGCUGCAUAUUCUGCAUUUGUUACAAACGAUCCAGAGACCAUGUAUGCAUCAUUUCAGCCUGAGUUUGGGUACCAGAGAAGGUUGGACAAGGACGAGUUUAUGUGGAAAGAAGACAAAAUUGAAGAAAAAUAG